AUGCGCCGCGAUGACGACCUCCCACGCGAUUCGGAAAGUCGUGUUCCCCGCGGCCGGACUCGGGACCCGCAUCCUGCCGGCCACCGCGGUGCUCCCCAAGGAGCUGCUGCCAAUCGUCGACAAGCCGACAUCCAGUACGGCGUCGAGGAGGCGGUCGCGUCCGGUCUGUCGCAGAUCGUUCUCGUGAACAGCCCCGGGAAGCGGAUACUCGAGGACCAUUUCGGCGGGCACGCGGCCCUCGACGCACAGCUCGCCCGGCGCGGGAAAUCGGCGCUGCUGGACGGCCUGCGCGAGCUCACCGCCGGCAUCGCGCUGUCGACGGUGUUCCAGGACGAGCCGCUGGGACUGGGCCACGCGGUGCUCGUCAGCCGCGAGGCGGUCGGCGACGAGCCGUUCGGGGUCGUGCUGAGCGACGACGUCAUCGACGCCGACCCGCCCGCGCUCGCCCAGAUGCUGGCGGUGUUCGCACAGGUCGACGGCCCGGUCCUCCUCGUCGAGCGGGUGCCCCGCGAGGCGGUCGGCCGCUACGGCGUCAUCGCCGGCAAAGCGCUGGGCAACGGCGUCCACAAGACGGCCCGAGGUCUGGGCGGCGAGAUCCAGUUGACCGACGGGCUGCGGCGUCUCCUCGCGCAACGUCCGAUCUUCGCGGUCGAGCUCGACGGGGUGCGCCACGACGCCGGGAACAAGCCGGGCUACCUCCGCGCCAUCCUCCAUUUCGCGCGGAAACAUCCCGAGCUGCGCCGCGAGCUGCCGGGUCUGAUGGGCGAGGCGGUCCCGGAGGCGCGCUGCCGGCCGGUGUCGGCUGCCGCCGGCGCGUCAGACUGA